AUGGACGUCUUGCUGACUUUUUCACAAAAUCAUCCCGAAUUUCGAAAGGCUGAAUGGGACUCGAUUCUCAAGCUUACCGGCUCCGAUCUUCCAUCUAUAUCCGACUGCAGCAAAGUGAGUGUGUAUGUAAAGUUAAAUUAUGUUUCUUCGAGUAGGAACCCUUGGAAGAAAUCGAGGUCGAUGAACUGCAGAAGCUACAAGUCGUUCUGGAGCGAUCAGUGUUGUUGAAGCACGCCCAUGAGGUCCUCGUCCGAGGAAGUGCCCAUGAAUCUGUGAAAUUGCACCUAGAGGAGUCAAGAAGUCGGCUACUGGUAAGCUCGUGAGGAUGUUGGUAAGCUUCUUUAGGCCCGCUUGGAUGCAACGAAAACAUGGAGAAUAAAGUACAGGUCUCAUAACAAAAAGAAGGACGGUCAAUACAUUGAAGCCCUCGUUCAGGUGGGUAUCUGCUUCUAUUUGUGUUAUUUAUUUAGGGCUACAUUGAUAUCUUAGCUCUGGAUCACAUGGAUGUGAACAUGAUGACUCCGUUUUAUGAUUUCAACUUGAUCGAAGAUUUCUCAGCUCCAGUUCCAAGGAUUUAUCUGGCUUUGUUGGUAAGAAGUCGUGAUGGGUUACAUAAUUUCCAGAUAGGUGAUGGACAAGGACGUUUGAAACACGAGUUCAGUUUGAAGACGCGAAAGUACAUUGGUAACUCUACAAUGGACCCGGAAUUGUCGUUUAUUCAAGCCAACAUCAGCCAUGUGAAACAGGGAGAUCUUGUACUUGACUCCUUUUGUGGCACUGGUGGCUUAAUCCUCGCGGCAGCAAGAUUUGGCGCUAUUGUUCUUGGAUCUGAGAUCAGUUACAUGAUAGCAAGAGCAAAGGGAUCAUCUGCACGAAUGGGAGAAGGCGAGUUGAAGGACGAUCAGAAUGUUUUGGCGAACUUUGUUCAACAGGGCUUGGAUCAUAGGUUCGCCGGACUUAUCUUGGCUGAUGCUAGCCAACACAAACUCUGGAGGUCUACAGAACUGUUUGAUGCUAUUGUUGCUGAUCGUAAGUAGUGUUGUCAUUAUUCUUUACCUUAUUUUAGCCCCGUAUGGAGUACGGGAAAAAGGUCGGAAGUUGGGAAAGAACGGAGAGAAGGACGGUUGGCUCAAGAACGAGAAUACCCAGUAAAUUUGAUCAUUUAUUUAUUUGAAUUUGUGUUUUAGUGUCGAUCGUUACCCAGAGAAGACGAAGUACAGGACAACGACUUUGUACUUGGACCUCAUGGACUUUGCUGCCAAUUAUCUGGUUGUUGAAGGGCAUGUCUCCUUUUGGUACCCCGUUCUAAGAGAGUCAUACGGUGAAGAUGUAAUCCCGAAACACCCGACAUUGGCGUUGGUCUCCAAUUGUGAGCAAAUUUUGUCAAAAAAAGGAUCAAGGUAAUAAUGAAUAAAGUUUCUAAAUGUUUUAGGAGGUUACUGUGCUAUCGGAAGCUUCGGAAGCCCGUGGUGAAUGAAAUGGCGACUGUUGAUCGUGAUCCAUACGAAGAGACUAGCUACAGAGAUGCUAUCUUCGGGCCGCCUCAGUGA